CGAACCUGUGGUGUACAUGAGCUAAUCUGCAUUAGAAAAGUAUCUCCUGAAGCAAUUGGAUUCCUGUCUGCAGUUGGGGUAUUCAUUAUCCUCAUGUUGCUACUUUUCCUAUAUAUUAAUAAGAAGAUGUGUUUUGAAAAUGUUGGUGGUUUCCCUGAUCUUGAUUCAGGAUACCCUACGAGAAAGAAUUCACAAGAUAAGCUUUACAACUCUUAUAUGAGUAAAGAUCAGCAUGGUUCAUCAUCUGAGAGUGAAGAUGAAGCACUGGGUAAAUAUCAUGAGGCCCUGUCUAGAACCCAGAGUUCCAGGCUGCCAGUGGUGGAUGGCAGACAGCAAAAAAACUAUGUAUGGGAAACCAGGCAAAAAUAUAGCCCCCUGUCUGCAGAAUAUGAUGGAUACAGUAGUGAAGCCUCAAUAGAUGAAGCUAACUGCAUUCAGAGAAUGAGAAGAACGCCUCCACUAGAUGAACUGCAGCCACCUCCGUAUCAGGAUGAUAGUGGUUCUCCUCAUCUAUCAUGUACACCUUCUGAAGUUGGAGAUGGUAAAUGUGAAUUUUCCCAAUGUAGCAACAGUCCAAGAUGUUCAUAUAAGUGUCCAAGUGAGGGAAGCACAGGACAUGAAAUAGAAAGCUUCCAUAACAAAGGAUAUGAAGAGGAUGUACCAAGCGAUAGUACAGCUGUCCUUAGUCCAGAGGAUAUGUCAGCUCGAGGAUCGUCUUCACAGCUUCCUAAACCUUUUGAUCCUGAGCCAGUAGCUAAAUAUGGCACGUUGGAUGUGACUUUUGACUAUGACUCACAGGAACAGAAGCUUUUGGUGACAGUGACAGCUGUCACAGACAUUCCCACAUACAGCAGGACAGGUGGAAGCUCGUGGCAAGUACACCUAGUUCUUCUCCCCAUAAAGAAACAGAGAGCGAAAACCAGCAUCCAGCGGGGACCGUGCCCUGUCUUCACAGAGACAUUCAAAUUUAAUCACGUUGAGUCUGAGAUGAUUGGGAAUUACGCAGUGCGCUUUAGACUCUACAGUGUACGUCGCAUGAAAAAGGAGAGGAUUGUGGGAGAAAAGAUUUUUCACUUAACAAAAUUGAAUCUUCAAGGGAAGAUGUCAGUGCCAGUGAUAUUGGAACCUUCUUACAGUCUGUCUGGUUGUGACUCUCAAAUGAGCAUGUCAGAAGUAUCCUGCAGUGAAAGUACCUCCUCUUGUCAGUCUCUGGUGCAUGGCUCAGCUCCAGAAAUCCUCAUUGGCCUCCUUUACAAUGCUACAACUGGAAGAUUAUCAGCAGAAGUGAUAAAAGGCAGCCACUUCAAAAACUUGGCAGCAAACAGACCACCCAAUGGACUGUUCUGUUGUCUAAAACACUUGAUAGGUGGACAGGUUUAUAUAAUUCGAGAUACGUAUGUUAAAUUAACACUCCUGAACUCCAUGGGGCAAGAGAUGUCCAAAUGCAAAACUUCAAUCCGACGAGGACAGCCAAAUCCAGUGUACAAAGAAACCUUUGUUUUCCAAGUGGCGCUGUUUCAGCUCUCGGAUGUAACGCUCAUACUGUCUGUAUAUAACAAGCGCAGCAUGAAACGGAAAGAGAUGAUCGGCUGGAUAUCCUUAGGUCUCAACAGCUCAGGAGAAGAUGAACUCAACCACUGGACUGAAAUGAAAGAAUCUAAAGGACAGCAAGUAUGUAGAUGGCAUACUUUACUAGAAUCUUAAUGAACAGUUCAAAGUGCAGUCGUGGUUUUAAGGGAUCUUUGCCUUUCGAGAUGAUGAUCAUUUCACGUCACAGUCUGCAGAUUUGGCGCGGAAGUGAAAAAUGAAAAUUGAGAUCAACAUUCCAUCUUAAAGAGUGCACAACCUGCAGAA